CGGUCACACCCCGGAAUACACUGUACUUUUUGCAGGCUACGAUAAAAUAGCAAUUUCUGUAAAUAAACGCUAGAAUUUGCAAACAAAUUCGGGCCAGGAGCUGGCGAAACUCGAUCCCCCGCGGACUAGCUGAUGAUGGUCGGGAAAAACUUCAAGGCACUAGCGCACUUUCACCGCCUCACCGAGUACAUAGUACAGUGCAAGCACUGCGACAAAACACUGUCCUCCAAGCACACCUCCUCCAAUCUGACGCGCCACUUGAUCCGCAACCACAAGCUCUUGGCCCGCACCAUUUUCGCCGGCGAGGAGGGCAAGAUGCUGGCGGAGCUCAAGGACGAGCUGGAGGCCAGCGCCUCCGAGGAUCUCAGCAUGGAGCUGGCCGAGGGCGGCGAGGGUGAAACCAAGUCGGCGGUGCGCGGCAUAAUGGGUGUGAAGAGGGAGCAGCGGGAGCGGGAACAGCGAGAGCUGGAGCGGCACAGCCACGAGGCGGAGAUGCGCAACAAGGUGAUCGGGAAGAACAACAAGCUGUGGGCCCACUUCAUCCGCAUCUCCGAGUUCAUGGCCAAGUGCAUGCACUGCGGAAAGACGCUCUCCUCGAAGCACUCGUCCUCCAAUCUGAUGCGUCACAUUGUGCGGCGCCACAACAACCUGGCCAAGACCCUGAAUCACUCGCACCAGCAUUUGAUGAACCCGAAAAAGGAGGCCUCCUCCUUUGGCAGCCUAGAGCGAAGGCAAACGGCCGCUGAUCCCCUGGAGAAAGUCAACUUUGACGAUGUGGACAGCAUCAUCGAAAAGGUGGCCGAUCACCUGGACGAAGAGGUCACUUCGAUUUCGCUGCAGGAACCCUUCUACGAGUACGUCGUGGACAACUCCGAUCACUCCGUGGUGGUGGACAGGUGCGAGGAGCAGGAGCAGGAACAGGAGCCGGCGGACAUGCAGAACCUGAUGCCCGCGGACAACGCCUCGCUGGCGGAGACCAGCACGCAGCUGGACGAGAAGCUCAAGGCGGAGACGAUAUACUACAACGAGAUGGCCGAGCUGGCCAGGGCCAAGCGAAGGCUCAUCGACCUGCAGACCAAGAAGCUGCUCCUCGACAUGAACGUCGUGGCCGAGAACUAGUUGGCCAUCAGUUGACGAUUAUUACGGCUUGUAUUUGUAGGGUGGUUAAGAGGCGGGCAAUAUGAUAAUUUAGACUUAGGUACGAUUAUACUUUUAACUGAA